AUGAAGGACUUUGGCUACUCCGCGCGCCUCGAAUCGACCCGACUCGUUUUAAUCCCAAUCUCUGUCAGUCUGUUCGGGAGAAAAAAGAAAAAAAGUAAAGAUCGCCAAGAAAUUCUAGACAAGAUGCCUGCACAGAAAAUUGAAACCGGCCACAACGAUGUCGUGCACGACGUGUCCAUGGACUACUACGGUAAGCGCGUGGCCACUGCCUCAUCAGAUGCCACCAUAAAGAUAAUCGGCGUGGGCCACAACAACUCCACCUCCCAGCACUUGGCCACCCUAACUGGCCACACGGGCCCAGUCUGGCAGGUCGCUUGGGCCCACCCCAAGUUCGGCUCGGCCCUCGCCUCCUGCUCGUAUGACGGCCGGGUCAUCAUCUGGAAGGAAGGCGCCCAAAACGAUUGGACCCAGUCGCACGUGUUCGACGACCACAAGUCCUCGGUCAACUCCAUCGCGUGGGCCCCACAUGAGCUCGGGCUCUGCCUCGCAUGCGGCUCUUCCGACGGCAACAUCUCGGUUCACACGGCCCGGCCCGACGGCGGCUGGGACACCACCCGGAUCGACCAGGCCCACCCGGUCGGCGUGACAGCUGUCACGUGGGCCCCAGCGCUGGCCCCGGGAGCCUUAGUGGGCCCGGGCGGGUCGGAGCCCGUCCAGAAGCUGGCGUCCGGCGGGUGUGACAACACAGUUCGGGUCUGGAAGCUGUACAAUGGGAACUGGAAGAUGGACUGCUUUCCAGCACUCCAAAUGCAUUCGGACUGGGUCCGGGAUGUCUCGUGGGCCCCGAACUUGGGCCUGCCCAAGUCAACUAUCGCGAGUGCUUCCCAAGAUGGGUCGGUUGUGAUUUGGACCGUGUUGAAGGAGGGUGACCAGUGGGAGGGUCAGGUGUUGAAGGACUUCAAGGCGCCUGUGUGGAGGGUUUCUUGGUCUCUGACCGGUAAUUUGCUGGCGGUGGCUUCGGGGGAUAAGGAUGUCACGCUGUGGAAGGAGGAUGUUGACGGGGAGUGGCAUGAGGUCACCACGGUUGACCAGUAA